AUGCUCUGCUGCGAAAGAACCGUUGGAAAGCCAUUGUCUGCAAAAAAAAAAAAAAGAAAUCAAUGCCAAGAAAACAAAAAUAAUUUGCUCUUACAGGCCAAGUGUCAUAUUUGCAAGCGUAUUUUCUGCUGCGGUAAAUGUCGCGAAAAGCAUCAAUUUGACAUCCACGCCAUUGCUGUAAGACAACCCACGCCGAAGCAAUCAGCCAUGGAGGAAAAUGGCCACCAUGAUGCGGAAACUAGUACCGUUACUAUUUAUGUGUUCUGUCCCAUCUGUGAGCAGAAACCUUUGACUCUGCGCAAAGAAAUGUAUCCCGAGCUGUUGGCGCAUAUUGAAAGCGCACAUUUACCGUUACGUUGUCGCAAGUGCCAGCGGCGCUACAUAAAGAUAGAUGAUCUCAGCGAGUUCAGCAGGUGUGCGGAUUUGGCACAGAACUGCAGCUCGACCAGCUGCGAUACAGAUGCCUCAAAGGUCACAGUCAAGAAGGCAUCCACUAUGGCCACGCAGACAUCGCCCAUACAUGACAGCCAAUCCAAGCAGCUGCAGCAGCCACUACAACAUUCCCAAUUGUCACCCAUAUCCAUGUUUAAUAUGCGCUGGAAAGCCAAAAGUCGACUUGCGCAGGAGGGCGAAUUCAUUAGCGACAGCGUUUCCUCCAUACGUAAUUUGUCCUCCGAUAGUGAUAACACGUCCAUGCAGCGUCGCAGCAUUGGCCAGCUAACAUCAUCCACAGCCAUAGCGGCCAAGGUAAUACGCUCCACCUCCACGCCGCUGCAGGUUUACUCGAUGUUUGCCAAGCCCAAAGAGAUUGUGACAUUUAACGCCUCCACUGCCGGCGGUGGACACUUGUCCAGCAUCUAUCAUAGCGGUACAGUGUUGGAAGCGGACUUAAACCCUCCAGCCACUAAUGUCAUCAUCACUAACCAGCAGCAGCAGCAGUAUCAUCAUCAUCAUCAUCAACAGCAGCAGCAGCCGCGCGUUUGGAAGGUUGGCGCACGUAAUAAAAUGAGCGCUGUUACGCCACUGCGUCAGGCUAUAUCCAAGAGCAUUAAGAAGGCUUUUGUGGAGCAUGGUGUGGAGAUUGCAGCUGCGCAGGAGAAUAAGCGGAAAAUGCGUCUGGAUCUGAGCGACUCCAGCUCCUUUGAUGCUAGCUCAGCGCUGGAUCUGCGCUUGUCGCCCGUUGUGCGACGUACCCAAAGCGAAAUUAUCAAUUCUAAGCAAGAGAGCUAUCAGGUUUUGCUCUCAGCCCAGAAGUUAACCACAGAGUCCAUUAUUAUAACACGCCGCUCGUUGCCUUCCGCCAGCGAGGGUGCAAGCUCUACCAGCACCGUUUACAAUUCAUGUGAGAGUGUGAAGAUUAUCUCAUCAGCCUCCUCAUCCAGCACUGAGCUCAGCACCAAUCUGCAACUGGACUACGGCAUACCACCUAUUACGCCCAUAACACGCAUACCAGGUGCUGUUAUUAGCAAAAAACUCAUCAAGUUCGAGACUCCGCAGAAAGAUGAUACUCAAGCCAGUCAAUUAAAUGAGUCCAGUGUGGAGGAAAAAGACAUUUUUUACACACCCAUCCAUGACAGUCCCAAUAAGCAGGAGAAGCGCAGGGAAAAAAUUGUGCCGCGCCAGCUGAGUGGUGAGUUCUCACCGGCUAAAAAGCAGAUCCGCCUUCUCGAGCCACCACAGGGACCACGGGCGCGACCACCAUUGCGUGUAUGCCACAACCAUAAGUCAUUUAGUAGCUGCGUGCAGGACCUGGACGAGGAUGAAGUAUUUCUUAUUGACUCCCAUGACGAUAAACAGCGUGUCGAUGCCGUAGCUCAGCCAGCGCCGGUUGGUGGACGACUCUGGUCAUUGAUGUCCUCUGUCAUGGGCCUGUCUGGUGCGCGUAAAGCUGAUCCAGAAAAUAAGAACAGUCGCAGUGGAGCAACGGGCGGUCCCAAGUCCCUUAUAAGACGUUGUGCCUCAAUUGCGGGUUCAUUGGUGCGCACUAAGCACGAUCAGGACAAGGAUGAAAUGCAAAGCUUAAAGCGCAAGCGCACACAGACGCUGGAUAAUCAAUACUAUAGCUCAAUGUCGCCUGCCAGAUCCACAGCCUCAAAGCGUUUACGCAUACAGGGUAGAAAGCCAGUUGAGCGAAUGCGGAACACCUAAUUUAUUUAAUAUUG